AUGCCCAAAUAUUUAUCAGACCGAGGUAAUCUCGAUCCGAAUACUUAACGAGCUCUUCUUAAAAAAUAAAGGCCAUAAAAGAUCGGGUUAAAUGGAAGAAAAAGAUUUUCAAGAAGUUAUACAUUUUAAACUUCUUCAUCGAGUAGUGGGGGCAGUGGAGGUGCUUCAAAUGGAGACUCAAUCACCAUUAUUGAGCCUAAUAAGCUUAGCAGCAACAUUUUAUAUUAAAUAGUUGAUUCCGAUUAAAAAUUUAUCCAAAAACAAAGAAAAAGAAAUAGCUUGGAUUUUAGACAAUAAUAUCCUAAUCAAUCGACGACAAUGAUUAUAGAUAUAAGCUUUAAUCAGCAACAAGAAAAUAUAGAUUUGUCAAAUAUUUUCAAAGACUACAAGAAACCUAUUGGGAUAAGAUCAGACAAAAACUUAAUAAUUGAAAAAAAGAUGUUUCAGGAGACUAGAAGUGAUUUCAUCGAAUAAUCAAGGAGAUCAAUAAUUUGUUCAGAACUAAAUGAAAAAUAACUAAUUAGAACCUAAUCACUUAAAUCUAGUUCCAAUUCUAAGAGGUUUAAAAAUGGACUUAGUUCCCCAAAGGCUGAGACAAGGACAUCAUCUAAUAUAGUAUUAAUAAGUUCAUGCUUGCAAAAUAUUUAAGUACUGGAGAAGUAGGACCCAUGCUUUCAAUCGCAUUACAAGCAUUAUUUCUAAGGUGGAGAUACCACGCCUAAAUUAGCCUUGCAUAAAAAAACUAACAGUUUUAACAAUUCUUAAAAAUCAAGUCAUAGAAGUCUUUCUUUUUCUUAGCAGGAGAUAGGAUCACCAAUUAAUAGUCAACAUUUGCAUUAGUCUGAGAUAGACAAAGAAUCUGCAAUCUCAUAAUAUGAUAACAUGUCUUCGACAAUUAAAAAAGAGGAAGUAGAUUUGAAGGUGCUUUGCAAUUUAAUGGCGAAUUGCUUCGUAAAUGUCUUUACUCUCAAUAAAAGAAGGUAUUAUUUUCGUUUAACCCAAUUUAUAGUAUAAGAUAAAAUGUGA